AUGGAAAUAAUAAAUGGAAAAAAAUUAGGAGGAUUCGAUGAUCUUUGUUAUAGACUUGAUAAUGAAGCAGCACCAUUUGUUAUGACAUUAAUAUGGACAUUUGAAGAAGAUAAGGUGAAUAUAUCAUCAGUGAAAUCCGAAUUUGAAUCUUUGAUAAAAAAAUUUCCUCGUUAUUCAUGUGUAAUAGCUGAUGAUAAUUCUUUCACGCGUUAUCGAUGGAAAUAUAUUCCAAAUUUUAAUGUGGAUGACAAUAUUGAAGUACACGCAUUAUCGACCGGUACAUUAAAUGAAUUUCAAGUGUAUGCGUCAGAAUGUGCAUCAUCAAAAUUAGAUAAAACUAAGUCACUUUGGAGGGCUUAUAUAGUUUAUGGUUUAGAUUAUGAGGAUGAAAGAGAUGGAAAUGUUAAGAAACAACGUUCAGCUUUAAUUAUAAAGACUCAUCAUUGUAUCGCUGAUGGGCAAGGCGCCAUGCACACGAUUUUAUCAUUAACAUCAGAUAGCCAACACCAGUUGGAUGAAAUUUUGAAAAAAUUUAAAGAUUCCAUUAAAAAAAAAUCCAAACCAGAAAUUCCUGGGUAUUCUAAAAUUACUUUAUUAAUCAUGUCAGUUUUAAUUGGAUUAUUUGAAUUAAUUUAUUCUCAAAUACGUCACCUAAAUCAUAUCCGUAACAAGAAAAAUUUGAUCUUUGAACAUUAUUCGGAUGCAAAAAAAACAUUAUCUUGGUCGGAAGAAAUUUCCAUUGCUGAUAUUUCUAUUGCACGCAAAGCUUACGGUGUUACUUUUAAUGAUGUUAUGGUUGCAACGAUAUCAAGAUCAAUUAGAAGUUAUUUUCUUGAGUUGAACCAUUCUCUUGAACCAGAAUUACUUUUUUACAUACCAGUUUCAAUGCGUAAUUUAACAGAUUUUGAUUGCAAUAAUAAAUCAAGCGGUUGUGUUUCAUUUAUACCAUUUGAAGAAGAGCUUUCAACAAAAUCGUUAAUGAGCAAAGUCAUGUCAGAAACGACAAGAAUGAAAAAAAAUUUUUUUUGUUCAUUAAUUUAUUAUUUAAUAGAAUACAUUUUAAUAGCAGGAAUGAUUCCUAAAAAAAUUUUUAAUGACUCUGCAAAAAGUUACCAUUCCAUUGUUACAAAUGUACCCGGUCCAAUGAAACCAAUCAUAUUCACUGGUCAAAAAGUCGAAAGAUUUAUAGCAGUACCGCCACAACCUGGGCCUGGAGGUUUGGGUAUCGGGAUAUUAUCUUAUGAUGGUAAAGUCUCAAUAUCAAUAUUAAGUAAUGAAAUGCCAAAAUAUCCAAAUAUUUCAAAACGUAUUUCGCAAUUAUUUAUUAAUGAAUGGGAGAAAAUAUUACACGAUGCUAAACUUGAACUUAAGAAAGAAAAUAAUAGCAUAGAUCCAAAAAAAAAUGAUUUGAACAGCAUGAAAAAAUAUUGGUAUUAUUGGUUAUCGUUAUCAAUUGGACUUUUAUCUCUAAUUCUUCUUUUUUAUUGA